AUGGAUAACGUUGCAGACUGGCCUCGUGGCUUGAGAAGACUUGGAGGUGUAGGUGAUCCGGCCGUCAAGUCAGGUUUAGGCAUCUACAUUUUUGUGGCUGGGAGCUCAAUGCCAACCAAGGAAGCCUUUUACUCUUCCGACGGAGACUUUCUCAUAGUCCUGCAACAAGGGGUUCUGGACAUCCAAACCGAAUUCGGUCGCAGUCUAGUGAGACCUAACGAGAUUGCUGUUAUACCGCGGGGUGUAAAAUACUGUAUUGAUCUACCAAUGGUCCCGUCCGUGGCUACAUUCUCGAAAUUGACGAUGGCCACUUUAAACUGCCAGAACUCGGACCGAUUGGCUCCAACGGUCUGGCGAAUACUAGAGACUUUGAGAUGCCAGUUGCAGCAUUUGAUGACUGGGAGGACUCACCGUGGAUAA